AUGGUCACCCGUCGUCAGGCUAGCAAGAUCAUUGAUCCACGCGAGCGUCUCAACCUCAACACCACGACCGUCGCUGCUCUAUCGCCCAUCCCCAAGUCUUACAUCGCCCUCCUCGCCAACAACACGUGGGAUCUUUUGCGACCCCCUCCCCCCGCCAAUGUCAAUGUCGUCUCCAACAAGUGCAUUUUUCGCCAGAAGCUCAAGUCUGACAGUAGGCUCGACCGCUACAAAGCACGGUGGGUGUUGCGCGGCUUCUCCCAGGAGCAUGGCAUCGAUUUCGUCGAGACAUUUAGCCCGGUGGUUAAACAAGCUACCAUCCGGGUUAUUCUCUCCGUCGCCCUCUCCUCCAACAGGAAGAUCGGUCAACUCGAUGUCAAGAACGCCUUCCUCCAUGGUCAUCUUGAUGAGCUGGUGUUCUAUCAUCAACCCACUGGAUUCGUCGACUCUGCGCGUCCCGAUCAUGUGUGUCCCCUCAACCGCGCACUCUAUGGCUUGAAGCAAGCUUCUCGUGCGUGGUAUCACCACUUCGCGACCUUCAUCACCACCUUCGGCUUCACUUGCUCCAAGUCCGACACGUCACUCUUCAUCAUGCAUGGAACUUUUGGCAUGGCCUACCUACUCCUCUACCUUAAUGACAUCAUCCUCACGACAUCCUCCUUGACCCUGCAUGAGCGCGGCAUCACCGCUCUCAGCUCGGAGUUCGCCAUGACAGACUUGGGAGGUCUACAUCACUUCCUUGGCCUUGUCGUUCGACGUGAUUCCCAGGGGAUGUUUCUCUCCCAGACGCAGUACGCUCUCAAGAUUCUCGAGCGUGCUGGCAUGAGCACCUAUCACCCUGCCUCGACACCGGUGGAUACGUCACCGAAGCUUGCUUCUACUGCUGGUUCUCCGGUUGCUGAUCCUUCAUCUUAUCUUAGUCUCGCCGGUGCUCUCCAGUACCUGACUUUCACCAGGCCCGACAUCGCCUAUGCCGUCCAGCAGAUCUGUCUGCACAUGCAUGAUCCUCGAGACCAGCACUUGACCCUGAUCAAGCAUGUACUUCGCUACAUCAAGGGUACUAUACACCAUGGUCUUCAGCUUGCACCGUCCACUAUGGAUCGUCUCGUGGCCUACACUGAUGCAGAAUGGGCUGGUUGCCCUGACACGCGACGCUCCACCUUCGGCUAUUGUGUGAUCUUGGGUGACAACCUUGUCUCCUGGCCGUCUAAGCGCCAGCAUACUGUUUCUCGCUCAAGUGCCAAGGUGGAGUAUCAGGCAGUCACCAAUGUUGUUGCUGAAGCCACUUAG